AUGAAUCGUUCGAAAAAGAAAAAAUCGCAGACAUCUGAUGGUAGUCUCACUCAAACUAAUACACAAGCAACAGCAAAGGAUAAUAUUAGUAUUGAAAAUAAAAUAAUGAAACAAUCUAUUGAACAAGAAUCAACUGUACGGAUAUUAUUUGGUGUUAUUGCUGUUUCAUUUUUAUCUGUACCUAUAUGUUAUAUGUUAUCUUAUAUGAAAGAAAUGAAAAAUUCAUUGAAUGUUUUUCUUUAUAGUGCAGUUAUUUGUAUAUCAGUUGCACCAUUAACAUAUUUUCUAUUAAUUAAACAUUUAUUACAUGUAAAAAAAGAAAUAUAUUUCUAUGUAUUUACAAUAUUUUCAUUUACUGCUAUUGCUGAUCUUCUAUUAGCUUUAACAAUCGAUGGUUAUUCAUCUGCUUUUCAUUUUUAUUUGGAACAAGGUGAAGUCUAUUUGAAAACUUCCCACGGUUUAUAUAUUAAUUAUUGGGAUGGUACCGUACAUUAUCUAUUAUAUUUAAUCAUGUUAUAUUGUAUGUUAAAACAAAAAACAAAAACAAAAUUCUUUCGUUUUCUAUCAUUAUUUUGGUGUGGUUCAAUGAUUAAUUCAUUAAUCGUACUUGUAGGUGGUGCUGCUGUUGGUCGAUAUGGUAGUCAUAUUAAACCAUCUUGUUUAUUAAAUGUACCAUAUAUGAUGUUUCCAUUAAUAUUCCUCGUACGACAAUUUCGUACACGUACUACUUUUAUUCAACAACAAAUAAAAGGAAAUAGAAAACCAUUACGCCAAAAAUCAUUCAUUUCACAUCUUCUAGAUAUUGGUUUUAUUAUUUAUAUGUUAUUUGCAUUAAUAUUUGCAAUAUUUCGUGUAUUACAUGUUCUUAAGACUCCAAUGAUGAAGAAUAGUUUUUAUUAUGAAUAUGAACCUUAUAUAUUAAAUGAAUCAGGAUUUCCUUUAGUACAAAUUUUAAUAUAUGCAUUUUAUUUCAUACCAUAUUAUUAUUCUGCAAUUAAUGUAUUGAUAUUUAAUGAUCAAGAAUCAACGAAAUUCGAAUGGUUUCCCGAUUUGACUAUGGUACAUGCUGGAGCGGCUGCACAAGCUCAAUUUUCUUAUUUAUUUUCUUCAUUACACAAUCCACCAUUAGUUUCGGAUUCUACAUGGUCUGCAAUUCCUUCGGAUAACUGGUUCAUAACUGUUGGCCUUAAUUCUAUAUUAGCGAUUGUACCUCAAUUUUUUGCUUUUCGUGUUUGUGGUGGACAUAGAGAUAGAGAUUUUUAUUAA